GGUAAUUUCACAGCUGAGAACAAGCGCUGUUGGGGGGUUAUUACACCAAAAUGUUUCUCUUCGAGUCUUGUCUUACUGUCAGGGGGGCUUGUCUCCCGCUCGGCCAUUAUCGCUAGCCCAGCAUUGAACAUGUCAACACAGAGGGUUGAAGGUCAACUUUUCACAUUCGAUAUGCGGUGAUAAUGAUGAUUCUACGCUUUGUAUAUCGGCACGUGCUGAGCCCAUUGGUCUACUCUUCCGCUGGGAACAUCUGGGUAUAUCAAUGUGGCGGUGACGAGACUUCUCCAUGUUAUUAUCCCCAGUUUAUUCCUGUGCUUACUGCGACUCGGCUGCGGCUGUGGCUGCGAGGCACCUGUGUCUGACCACUACUGCAGAUUACAGUGUGAAAUGGUCGGAAUCACAACAUUGCAGCAAUAACCCUCAAUUCGAUUUCCCUUACAUGCAUCAUGCUGUUCAACUCCGGAAUACGGCUGGCCCUCUUGGUAGCCCCAUUCUCUCAGCUGGGCCUGGCUAUAUCCUUGAUGGGCAAUUGAUCCGAGGAGAUGAACAACUACUAUCUGCAAGCCAGACGCACAAAAGAAAAACACAUGCGCUUGUGGGAAUCCCUGGUCGGCUGAAUCCGAGGGAAACAGAGUUCCAGCUCAAUGGGCCUGUGGGCACCAUCCACGCCGUGCGUUGGUCCGUCACAACAAGGACAACCCCUAACGCGGCGUCGUCUUUUCUUCCACCGCAUCUUCCUUCUGACACCAAGACCGCAAGCGUGUGGUGAUGCGGACUUUUCAUCAAUUUGAUGGCCGCCCAACAAGGCUUGUCUGACUUGGCUCGAGAGUAUUACCCAAUACGCAACCUACGACAAUUGACCCCGCUGCCGUUCUAUCCUUGGAAUAACAGAAGCGACUUGGCAAAUUAAAGGUUCGUAGUCUCAGACUUGGCAGUUUUGCUCUCGCGUUGCAUGCUCAUUCACAGCCAUCUCGGCGGGUCACGAUACAGGGCAUCAGGUGGCCAAACGAUACGACUGACCUUACAAACACCUUUCAAAUCUGUACAGUUCUCUCGGAAAGCUUCACUUGUUGACAGUCACAUGCGCAAUAUAGUGGCAUGUACCCCUAUCUUCAUGCACCAGUGUCCGUGGGAUUACAAGAGCAGAGGUGUUUGGUAAUAGUAGGGGAAUAGCAAUCUUGGCACGAUAAAGUUUCCUUCAGCAAGUUCGACUGCGCUUCACUGUUUCACCGGUACUAACCUUGGUUGAGUCCUAGAUACUCGUAUUAAAGAUCUCGUGCUAUCACGACGUCGAGUUGAACCACUUGAGUCACGGGUUGCAUUCCUCGUGUUCGAACUCUCCAACGAGCAUGAUGCUGUGAUCUAGAGAUGAUCUAGAAUGGAUCGUAAUGAUAAUGUGGUGCAGCUUGUUGGUGGCCAGUCAUUUGACACUCUUGGGGAAUAAUUCACCGAAAGUUGUUGAAGGGUUGAAAUUUUUCACGAGAAUUCGAGGUUGAUAAGAUGGCUGGUUGAUUACGUAAUUUAUAAUGUGGGGCUUUGGCUAACUACGAUUGGUUGGUACAGGAGUGUGCCAUCUCAGCAGGAACGAGUAGGUAAUCUGCAGUUCACAUAUUGAGUUUCUUGAUAAUCAAGGUACCAAUAAACGCUGGUACGUAGGUUGGCUUGACACAUUUAUACCUGAAGCGUUCUUGUGUAUUAGGUACUUACUUAGGCAGUUUUUAUGCCGGCGCGUUGUGCUUGCCAAAAAGAUAGAGAAAACCAAGCAUUUGCAUGAACGAGUCUAGUUCCAAAUUCCGUUGGCGUUAGACGAGGCAUCCAUCAAGACGGCAAAGGUGAAAAUUGUACGUUUUAGAUAACCAUACCGUGGAGUUUCGAAAAAUAAAUAACAGAACACCUAUGCA